GCUGUCGUUGGAUUAAUUUAUGUGCACGCAACAUGUGUCAAAAUUUAUGAAAUAUCUGACGUUUCUGGAGGAAAAAAGGAAGCUCAUACCAUGACAACUCAAAACACCAUAUUGUAAUGGGUGUUAAUGUAGCUGGACUGGUUGUCCUGGUGGUGUUUUAUCUUGUGAUCUUUGUCGUUGGAGUGCUUGCAGCCAGGAGGAAGAAACAGAAUGAUGGAACCAGUCAGAUGGAAUCGUCCAUUGUUGCUGACAGAAAUAUCAGCACGGUUGUUGGAAUUUUCACAAUGACAGCCACAACUGUUGGAGGGGGUUACAUCAAUGGAACAGCUGAAUCCAUAGCAACAGAUGGUCUGGUCUGGACCCUAGCUCCGCUAGGCAUAUUUAUAGGCCUGAUGACAGGUGGUCUUAUAUAUGCGAAGCCAAUGAGGGAUAAAUGCUACAUGACAAUGUUGGAUCCGUUCCAUGAGAGAUUUGGAAAUGUCAUUGUGAUGUUGGUGUACUUAGCUUCACUGUGUGGUGAUCUCUUCUGGACAGCAUCCAUUCUUUCUGCACUGGGAACAAGCUUAAGUGUGAUAGUUAACCUUGACCUUACUGUUGCCAUAGUAGCAUCAGCUGGAGUUACCGUGGCUUACACGAUGGUUGGGCAGAUGAUCAGCGUGGCCUAUACUGAUAUAGUACAACUGGCUUUCAUCACGUUUGGACUGGUAUUGAGUGUGCCAUUUGUUCUCACCAAUGACAAUGUGGGUAGUAUUUCACCAGAUACUGCACAAUGGUUUGGCCAAGUGGACAGUGGGCUUACAGCACAAUGGAUUGACCUUCUCAUUGCUAUGACAUUUGGGACAAUACCCUGGCAAGCAUACUUUCAGCGUGUUUUGUCGGUGAAAACUGGCAAACAGGCCCAGAUUCUGUCGAUGGCUGGUGGAUUAUCGGCACUGAUUCUGGUUAUACCAUCUGUGCUGAUAGGGGCAGCCGGAAAAGCUGCAGAUUGGAAUACAACAAGGUUGGGUGUUUCACCAAUGGAGAUUGGUAAAGGAAGCAUGAUUUUACCAUAUGUUUUGUAUGAAUUCACACCACAGACUGUCUCUGUAUUAGGUUUAGGAGCUAUAUCAGCGGCUGUGAUGUCAUCGAUGGAUAGUGCUGUACUGGGAUCAAGCUCCAUGUUUACUUACAAUAUUUAUAAACAUAUCUUUAGACACAAGGCUUCAGAAAAAGAGUUACUAUGGAUACAGCGUACUGCUAUAUUUGUGGUUGGAGUUAUAGCUACAAUGAUAUCAAUAUUUGUUCCAAUUAUAUAUGGCAUGUUUAUACUGGCUGCCGAUAUUGUGUUUGUUAUUGUUUUACCACAGUUGACAUGUGCACUUUUCGUCAAGUUUUCAAACUCGUAUGGGGCAUUAUGCGGUUUUCUAGUCGGUUUUAUUUGCCGUUUAGGUGCCGGAGAAUAUUAUUUAAAAUUUGACAGUUUUAUACAUUACCCAUGGUACAGUGAUGAAAUGGGCCAAGUAUUUCCAUUCCGGACGUUCUCAAUGUUGUGUUCAUUCUUUACAAUUUUAUUAGUGUCUCUUUUGACAAACUUUAUAUUCAGUAAACAUAUUUUACCAGAGCAAUUUGAUGUUUUGGGCAUUAAAAGUCGACAAAGUUAUACUUACAGUGCUGCAUCAGAUGAUUUACCAUUUGACACUACAGAAAGGUCACAUGACUUGACAUGUGAUCAGAAAGAAGAGGAAGAUGCCACACAUGAUCAAAGUGAAGGGAGAAUACAAAAAGAUAUAUUCAGACAUCAUGGUGAUCAUGUAUCAGUAUUGUGAAAUUUCUCAUUGUUGACAAGAUUUGAACUACUUUAUUUAAAGUAUUUUACUGCCAUUAAGCUAUUUUCUGCAGUUUAAAAAGCUACCCUAGUAUUUCACCAACAUCGUUUUAAAUAUGUGCCUGAUUUAUUAUUAGACAUUUCAAAAAGAACAGUACCAUAUCUCCAACAGUUUAUGUAAAUGUAGCCUUUUUUCAGGUUUGAACUAUAUUAUAUGGAAGAAUCUCAAAUAGCCCAGCUUGCUGUCAGUAGACAGCUCUUGUGACACUACAUUACCUUUAUAUAUCAACAUGCUGUAUUUUGAGUAUUCUCAUAGUUCUGGCUUUGCAUGGGGUAAAACUUGCACUUAUUAUUAAUGUUGAUUUAUAUAUUGAUUAUAUUUGCGCUAUUUUCUAUUCAUAGUCACAGUAUGGCUAGAUUAAUAUUAGAAGUUUCUUUUAUUGUACCCCCCGACAACAAAGUUGUAAGGGGGGGUAUACUGGUUUCAGGUUGUCUGUCUGUCUGUCCGUCUGGCCGUCUGUCCGUAGACGCAAUCUUGUGCGCACCAUCUCUCCUUAUCCCCUUGACAGAAUUUAAUGAAACUUCACACAAGUGAUCAGUACCAACAGUUACUGUAGUUGUGCAUGGGGCAUGUUAGGUUCUUUUAGAAAAAAUAUUUGCAGAGUUAUGGGACUUUGUUUUUUUGUUACUAUACUAUAUACUUAGACACAAUCUUGUGCGCACCAUCUCUCCUCAUCCCCUUGACACAAUUUAAUGAAACUUCACACAAGUGAUCAGUAACAACAGUAGUUGUGCAUGGGGCAUGUUAGGUUCUUUCAGAAAAAAAAUUUGCAGAGUUAUGGGACUUUGUUUUUUUGUUACUAUACUAUAUACAUAGACACAAUCUUGUGCGCACCAUCUCUCCUCAUCCCCUUGACACAAUUUAAUGAAACUUCACACAAGUGAUCAGUACCAACAGUAGUUGUGCAUGGGGCAUGUUAGGUUCUUUCAGAAAAAAAAUUUGCAGAGUUAUGGGACUUUGUUUUUUUGUUACUAUACUAUAUACAUAGACACAAUCUUGUGCGCACCAUCUCUCCUCAUCCCCUUGACACAAUUUAAUGAAACUUCACACAAGUGAUCAGUAACAACAGUAGUUGUGCAUGGGGCAUGUUAGGUUCUUUCAGAAAAAAAAUUUGCAGAGUUAUGGGACUUUGUUUUUUUGUUACUAUACUAUAUACAUAGACACAAUCUUGUGCGCACCAUCUCUCCUCAUCCCCUUGACACAAUUUAAUGAAACUUCACACAAGUGAUCAGUAACAACAGUAGUUGUGCAUGGGGCAUGUUAGGUUCUUUCAGCGACAAAAAUUGCAGAGUUAUGGGACUUUGUUUCUUGUUAACAUACUAUGUACAUACAGUCUGCAUAUGCAAUCUUGUGCGUGCCUAAUCUACCAAACCCUUUCACACAAUUUAAUGAAACUUCACACAAGUGAUCAGUACAAACCCUAGUUGUGCAUGGUGCAUGUUACAUUCUUUUAGAUAAAUAUUCUGCAUAGUUAAGGGACUUUGUUUUUUGUUACUAUACUGUAUACAUACAGUCUGUAUACAUACAGUCUACAUAAUUAUGCAAUCUUGUGUGCGUCAAAUUGCAAUAUACUGUGUCAGUGCAUGCGGGGGGUACAUUCAUCACCUUUAGUGAUAGCUCUAGUUUUUGCUUGUUUCAUUUUUCAUUCAGCAACAUAAAUGAUCAUCGUUAAUGUGUUCAUUUAAUUUAGGCAUUGUAUUGUAUUAACAAUUUUUGUAUAAUUUUGUCUAAAACCAAUCUUUUGAAAUGUUAGUACCCAUUUAUGUAUACGGCAAGAAAUUGGCCAUAGUUUAUUGUUUAUGAAUCAAGUUAAAAUCUGUUUUCUGUUAAAAGUUUGUAAUACCUAUUCAUGUAUCAAAUUUAAAACAAAGUAUUAUUUCAGAAUUCUAGCUGAAUUCUAGAUAUUUACAUAGCAUAGAAAAGUUUUGCAGACUUGAAUCUUUAGCCACAAGUGCUGACAAUAAAUGUUUAUUUUACUGAUACAUCCUUAACGACUGGUACAGCUGCAGAAUCAGAUUCUCAUUUCAAUAAAAGGAGAGUUAAGGCUGUUGAAUUUUAAUCACUUGUACUUCACCCCCUAGCUUUGGCUGUACAGUUCAUGUGAGGAUAUCAGUCACCUGGUUUACAAAAGUUUGUUUUUUCUACUCGGGUGCCUGUCUGCCUGACGUAAUGCCCAAAUAAGCACCUGGAAUCUUCUAGUACUGUCAAAAGCUGAAAAGUUGCCAUAUUGUCUAAAUUUUUGUCAGUAUUACCUUACAAAGUAUACAACAGAAGCAGCAUAAUAAUUAUUAUGAAACGAAAGAUCUCAGUUUUAAGUUGACUAUACAAAAAGUAAGGAGAGCUAUCCUUCUUGCCCUGGAUCCAGUGUCUUCAUCCAUGUCCAGAUAAUUAUGUCUCCCACCACACAGUGGUGUGGGAGACAUAUUGAUUUACUCCAGUCUGUGUGUGUGUCUGUCACAAAGCUUGUCCGCACUCUAAGUCAAACAUUUCUCAUCCGAUUUUCACCGAACUUGAACAAAAUGUGUUUGACCAUAAGACCUCGGCCAAGUUUGAUAACUAGCCGAAUCGGUCCAGGCGUCUUGGAGUUAUGGCCCUUGAAUUACCAAAAAUCGGUCUUUUUACUCUUGUUCGCACUCUAAUUCGAAUAUUUCUCAUCCAAUCUUCACCAAACUUAAACAAAAUGUGUUUGACCAUGAGACCUCGGCCAAGUUUGAAAACUAGCCAAAUCAGUCCAGGCAUUUUGGAGUUACGGCCCUUGAAUUAUCAAAAAAUCGGCCUUUUUACUCAUGUCUGCACUCUUAAUCAAACAUUUCUCAUCCGAUCUUCACCAAACUUGAACAAAAUGUGUUUGACCAUGAGACCUUGGCCAAGUUCGAUAACUAGCCAAAUCGGUCCAGGCAUUUUGGAGUUACGGCCCUUGAAUUAUCGAAAAAUCGGCCUUUUUACUCUUGUCCGCACUCUAAGUCAAACAUUUCUCAUCUGAUCUUCAACCAAACUUGAACAAAAUGUGUUUGGCCAUAAGACCUUACCCAAGUUCGAUAACUAGCCAAAUCCGCCCAGGCACUUUUGAUUUAUGGCCCUUUAAUUACUGAUUGGAUCCACCCAUCCAGACCAUCUAAUUGGAUCCACUCGUCUAAAACAUCUAGAGAAACUAACAUUUUUCAUAUGGGCAGUUGUGGGAGACAUGCGCUUUUCUCAAAAGCAUCUCUAGUUGGUUCAAGUAUUGAUACUUUUUAGCUCACCUGUCACGAAGUGACAAGGUGAGUUAUUGUGACCGCUUGAUGUCCGUCGUCUGUCGUGCGUCAACAAUUUGUAAAAAAAUCUUCUUGAAAACCACUGGGCAGAAUUACACCAAACUUCACAGGAAUGAUCCUUGGGUGGCCCCCUUUCAAAAUUAUUCAAAGAAUUGAAUUCCAUGGAGCACUCUGGUUGCCAUGGCAACCGAAAGGAAAAACUUUAAAAAUCUUCUUCUCUUAGAUAUUUGGUGUGAAGCAUUGCCUAGUGGACCUCUACCAAGUUUAUUCAAAUCAUGACCCCGGGAUCAAAAUUGACCCCGCCCCAGGAGUCUCUUGAUUUUACAUAGGAAAAUCUUAAAAAAUCUUCUUCUCAAAAAGCAGAAGCUAUAGAGCAUAGAUAUUUGACAUGUAGCAUUGCCUAGUGGACCUCUACUAAAGUUGUUCAAAUCAUGACCUCCGGGUCAAAAUUGACCCCGCCCCAGGGGUCACUUGAUUUUACAUAUGAAAAUCUUAAAAAAAAUUCUUAAAAUAAACCAGAAGGCCUAGAGCUUAGAUAUUUGACAUGUAGCAUUGCCUAGUGGACCUCUACAGAAUUUAUUUAAAUCAUGACCCUCGGAGUCAAAUUGGCCCUGCCGCUGGCGUCACUUGAUUUUACAUAGGAAAAUCUUAAAAAAUCUUCUUCUCAAAAACCAGAAGCCCUAGAGCUUAGAUAUUUGACAUGUAGCAUUGCCUAGUGGACCUCUACUAAAGUUGUUCAAAUCAUGACCCCGGGGUCAAAAUUGACCCCGCCCUAGGGGUCACUUGAUUUUACAUAUGAAAAUCUUCAAAAUUUUUCUAAAAAUAAACCAGAAGGCCUAGAGCUUAGAUAUUUCACAUGUAGCAUGGCCUAGUGGACCUCUACAACAUUUGUUCAAAUCAUGAUCCCCGGGUCAAAAUUGACCCCGCCCCAGGGGUCACUUGAUUUUACAUAUAAAAAUCUUCAAAAAUUUUCUAAAAAUAAACCAGAAGGCCUAGAUCUUAGAUAUUUGACAUGUAGCAUUGCCUUGUGGACCUCUACAACAUUUGUUCAAAUCAUGACCCCCUGGUCAAAAUUGACCCUGCCCCAGGGGUCACUUGAUUUUACAUAUGAAAAUCUUCAAAAAAAAUUCUUAAAAUAAACCAGAAGGCCUAGAGCUUAGAUAUUUGACAUGUAGCAUUGCCUAGUGGACCUCUACAGAAUUUAUUUAAAUCAUGACCCUCUGAGUCAAAUUGGCCCUGCCGCUGGCGUCACUUGAUUUUACAUAGGAAAAUCUUAAAAAAUCUUCUUCUCAAAAACCAGAAGCCCUAGAGCUUAGAUAUUUGACAUGUAGCAUUGCCUAGUGGACCUCUACUAAAGUUGUUCAAAUCAUGACCCCGGGGUCAAAAUUGACCCCGCCCUAGGGGUCACUUGAUUUUACAUAUGAAAAUCUUCAAAAUUUUUCUAAAAAUAAACCAGAAGGCCUAGAGCUUAGAUAUUUCACAUGUAGCAUUGCCGAGUGGACUUCUACAACAUUUGUUCAAAUCAUGUCCCCCGGGUCAAAAUUGACCCGCCCCAGGGGUCACUUGAUUUUACAUAUGAAAAUCUUCAAAAAUUUUCUAAAAAUAAACCAGAAGGCCUAGAUCUUAGAUAUUUGACAUGUAGCAUUGCCUAGUAGACUUCUACAAAAUUUGUUCAAAUCAUGACCCCCGCGGUCAAAUUGGCUCCGCCCCAUGGAGUUACUUGAUUGUACAUAGAAAAAUCUUCAAAAUUUUCUAAAAAAAAACCCCAGAAGGCCUAGAGCUUAGAUAUUUGACAUGUAGCAUUGCCUAGUGGACCUCUACAAAAUUUGUUCAAAUCUUGACCCCCGAGGGUCAAAUUGACCCAGCCCCAGGGUUACUUGAUUGUGCAUAGGGAAAUCUUCAUAAAUUUGCUAAAAAUAAACCAGAAGGCCUAGAUCUUAAAGCUUUAGCUAAGAAAUUUGUUCAAGCUAGCAACUCUACUCAGGUGAGCGAUAUAGGGCCAUCAUGGCCCUCUUGUUUGUCAUUUUUUCACUAAGUCUUGUUAUUACCACAUGGAUUUGUUUCAAAACUUAGAACAUUUGUUCCUCAUUAUAUAUAAGACAAGGUGGAUAACUCCUGAUUUACAGUGUUUCACUCUUUCUGUUAUCAGUCCUUUACUAACUCAAGACUGGCUGAGGUGACUAGGUUGUGCUUUUUAGCUCGACUAUUUGAAGAAUAAGUAGAGCUAUCCUACUCACCACGGCGUCGGCGUCAGACCUUGGUUCAGUUUUUUGUACCAGUCCACAUUUUGACAAAGUCUUUUAAGAUAAAGCUUUGAAACUUUCAACACUUGUUUACCAUCACCAUGUCCAGUUAUAAGCAAGAGCACAUAACUCCAUCAAGGAUUUUGGCUGAAUUAUGGCCCCUUUUGACUUAGAAAUCAAGGUUAAGUUUUUCGUACCAGUUCAUAUUUUGACAAAAUCUUUGAGAUAAAGCUUUGAAACUUUCAACACUUGUUUACCAUCACCAUGUCCAGUUAUAGGCAAGAGUACAUAACUCCAUUAAGGAUUUUGGCUGAAUUAUGGCCACUUUUGACUUAGAAAUUUUGGUUAAGUUUUUCGUACCAGUCCACAUUUUGACAAAGUCUUUUGAGAUAAAGCUUUGAAACUUUCAACACUUGUUUUCCAUCACCAUGUCCAGUUAUAGGCAAGAGUACAUAACUCCAUCAAGGAAUUUGGCUGAAUUAUGGCCCCUUUUGACUUAGAAAUCUUGGUUAAGUUUUUUGUACCAGUUCAUAUUUUGUGUUAAGUGUUUGACUUAUGGCUUUGAAACUUUUAUCACUUGUUCAGUAUUAUAGUCUCUAUCUGUAGGCAGGAGUACAUAACUCUGUCAUCUAUUUUGGCUGAAUUAAGGCCCUUUUUGGACUUGGAAAUUGGUUCUGUUUUCGUACAAGUCCACGUUUUGUCAAAAUUAUUUGACAUACGGCUUUUAAACUUUGAACACUUGUUUAUCAUCAUGAUUUCCAUCUGUAGGCAAGAGUACAUAAUUCUGAUAACUAUUUUGGCUGAAUUAUGGCCCUUUUUGGACUUGGAAAUCAGUUAAAUUUUUCAUACCAUUCCAUAUUUUGUUUAAACUGUUUACUUUGAAACGUUGAACACUUCAUUACAACAUGGUCACACAUUGCCAUUUAGUGCAAGACUUAAUGAAAUUCACAAAUACAGGAACAUGGUUUGUCUAAUCUAUUUUUUAUGCCCCCGAAGGGAGGCAUAUUAGUUUUCAACUGUCCGUUUGUUCGAUAGUCACAACGUUAACUUUUUGCAUGAAGGCACUUUACUCGUGAACCACUGCACCCAGGACCUUCAAACUUCACAUGCUGAUAGUACUCAUUGAGUACACAAACCUUACUGACUUUGGGGUCACCAGGUCAAAGGUCAAGGUCACAGGGGCCAACGUUAACUUUUUGCAUGAAGGCACUUUACUCGCGAACCACUGCACCCAGGACCUUCAAACUUCACAUGCUGAUAGUACUCAUCAAGUACACGACCCCUACUGACAUUGGGGUCACCAGGUCAAAGGUCAAGGUCACAGGAGCCAACGUCAAGGCGCUGCGUGGGCAUUUGUCACCUUUAGCGACAGCUCUUGUUUCUUUUGUCAUAAAAUCUGUGGUAAUAUUUUGAUCCCAUUCUUCAAUCAAUUCUUCGAGAGUAGUUCUUGUUUUGUCUGUCCUGCCCAUAUUUUUGUGUCCAGUCCCUAAUGUCAGCCUAAUGAGAUAUUGAUAUUGUUUGGCACAAAUGUUUCCCAUAAUAGGACAACAUGUUGUGUACAAUACCAAGACCCCUAGCUUAAAGGUGAAUGUCAAACUUGGAGUUUAAAGAUUUAACAUGGUAAUAACUAGGUCUUUUUCAUGUCAAUAACUCUGCCAUCCGUCAAGGGAUUUUGACACUACUUGGCACAAAUGUUCCGCAGAUUAAGUCAAGGAAAAGUGCGCAAAGCCAGGUCCUUAACUCGAAGCCUGAAAGGUCACAGUCAGACUUAGAGUCCAAAGAUUUUAGGUAACUUUAACAUGCAGAGAUGGAUACAUGUUAAAUAACUUGACACAAACAUUUACUGCAAUGAGAUAUGUUGUAUGCAACUUCAAGAACCCUAGCUUACAGACCGAGGUCACACGUGAAGUCAGAGGUCAACAGGGUCUGUUUUGUGUCUACUUCAUAAAUAUUUCAUCCAUCAAAGCAGAAGUGCUGCUCAUAAAGAGAUGAAGUAUUAAACAUGUGACCUAGACCUUCGCUCAUAAUUCUGAUGUAGCACUUAGAAAUAAGAGAUUUUAGGUCACUUUUCUUGUCAGGUGUUAAGCUUUAUAAAUAAAUAACAUAACUCUAAACUGUAUUUCAUCACAGUUUUGCAUCUUUUUAACAUUUGGUUAUACAUGUAGUUUAAGCAGCUUUCUUAAAACAUACUAUAUCAAAUUCUCUUGAAUUUUUCACAUCUUUGGCAUAAUGAGAUAAUCACAGGACAAGUUCUGGAAGUUUUGCAGCAUGUUUUUCAGAAUGCUUUCAGACUCUUCAUAAGUCUUCGGGAUCAUGAAAUGACCAUUCUAAGUUAGGUUUGAUAUCUCUGACAGUUUACGAAAGUAUUGCCUUUUAUGAGGUUUGAAAUUUUUUGUUUGAAAUAGUAUCAUAUGGAAGAAUCUCAAAUAGCCUAGCAUCUUGUGAAACUACAUUAUCUUUAUAUAUCAGCAUGCUAUAUUUUGAGUAUUCUCAUAGUUCUGGCUUUGCAUGGGGCAAAACUUACACUUUUUAGCUCACCUGAGCACAAAGUGCUCAUGGUGAGGUAUUGUGAUCAGGCUGUGUCCGUCGUCCGUGAGUGCGUCAAGUUGUCCAUCGUCAACCAUUGUGUUUAAAUGACAUCUCCUCCAAAACCACUGAAUGGAUUUUGAUGAAACUUGGCCGUGAUGUUGCUUGGGUGGUCCUCUACCAAAGUUGUUCAGACGGGUCCGAUUGAUUGCACAUAGGGGCUGCCAGAGCUAAAAAUAGAAAAAUGUCUACAAAAAACGACAUCUCCUCCUAAGCCGAUGGUCCGAUUUUGAAAUAAUUUCACACAAAUGUUCCUUAUGUCAUCCUCAACCAAGAUUUUCAAAUUGUAAACAUGGCCACUAGAGUGCGUGGUCACUUUUCCCUAUAUGUAUAUAGUGGAAACUUUAAAAAUCUUGUGUUAUGAAACUGCUUGCCUGAUUUUAGAAUACUUUUACACAAAUGGUCCUUGUGUGGCCCUCUACUAAGAUUGUUCAAAUUAUUUUGAUUCGUCAAAGAACAUGGCCGCCAGAGGGUGUGGUCACUUUUCCCUAUAUGUAUAUAGUGGAAACUUUAAAAACCUUCUGUGUGAAACUGCUGGCCUGAUUUUAGAAUAAUUUUACAUAAAUGGUCCUUGUAUGGCCCUCUACCAAGAUUGUUCAAAAUAUUUUGAUUUGUCAAAAAACAUGGCCGCCAGAGGGCGUGGUCACUUUUCCCUAUAUAUAUAUAGUAGAAACUUUAAAAGUCUUAUUGUGUGAAACUGUUAGCCUGAUUUUAGAAAAAUUUUACACAAAUGGUCCUUGUGUGGCCCUCGACCAAGAUUGUUCAAAUUAUUUUGAUUCGUCAAAAAAUGUGGCCGCCGGAGGGCGUGGUCACUUUUCCAUGUAUGUAUAUAGUGGAAACUUUAAAAAUCUUUUUUUUUUGUGAAACUGCUGGCCCAAUUUUAGAAUAAUUUUGCACAAAUGGUUCUUGUGUGACCCUCUACCAAGAUUAUUCAAAUUAUUUUGAUUCGUCAAAAACCAUGGCCGCCAGAGGGCGUGGUCACUUUUCCCUAUAUGUAUAUAGUGGAAACUUUAAAAAUCUUUAUUGUGUGACACUGCUGGCCCGAUAUUAGAAUAAUUUUGCACAAAUGGUUCUUGUGUGGCCCACUACCAAGAUUAUUCAAAUUAUUUUGAUUCGUCAAAAACCAUGGCCGCCAGAGGGCGUGGUCACUUUUCCCUAUAUGUAUAUAGUGGAAACUUUAAAAAUCUUUAUUGUGUGACACUGCUGGCCCGAUAUUAGAAUAAUUUUGCACAAAUGGUUCUUGUGUGGCCCUCUACCAAGAUUAUUCAAAUUAUUUUGAUUCGUCAAAAACCAUGGCCGCCAGAGGGCGUGGUCACUUUUCCCUAUAUGUAUAUAGUGGAAACUUUAAAAAUCUUUAUUGUGUGACACUGCUGGCCCGAUAUUAGAAUAAUUUUGCACAAGUGGGUCUUGUGUGGCCCUCUACCAAGAUUAUUCAAAUUAUUCGUCAAAAACAUGGCUGCCAGGGUGUGUGGUCACUUUUCUUCUCAGAAUCAGUAAUAACUAGAGCCUUGAUAUUUGGCAUGUGAUAUCAGAUUUGUAAUGUCUACCAUAAUUGUUCAAAUUAUUGCCCUAGGUUCAAAAGUGUGUGUGACAUGUAUAUAAUAUAGGCUAACAUAGAAGAAACCUAACUCUGUACUUAUACAAACACACUUGAAGCCUUGUACUCAGGUGAGCACUUUAGGGUCAAUGACCCUCUUGUUUAUUAUUAAUGUUGCUUUAUUUGUUAAUAAUACUUGUUAUAUUUUCUAUUCAUAGUCACAGUAUGGCUAGAUUGAUUUAAAGCAACAAGAAGUUUCUUUUGUUUUUGCUUGUUUCAUUUUUCAUUCAGCAACAUAAAUGACCAGUAUUUAUUUAAUGUGUUCAUUUGAUUUGGGCAUUGUAAUGUAACAAUUUUUAGUAUAUUUUGUCAAAAACCUAUCUUUUGAAAUAGUAUCUCAGUUAAGUUAGUAACCAUUUAUGUAUACUGCAAGAAAUUGUCCUUCAUUGAUGAAUUAAGUUAAAAUCUGUUAUCUGUUUGAAGUUUGUGGUACAUAUUCAGUACAUGUAUUUAGCAAGAAACUGGUUCCUAUUUAUAUUUUGUUAAAACCUGAUGCUGAUAAAAGUUUCAUUUUGUAAAAUAUCUCUUGUACAUUCAUGUUUGGUACCGACGCAUGUAUAUGAUUUAUGGUUAGAAAGUUUGUUUAGAUUGUGUUACUGCUAUCACAGUAAAGUAUUAAGAAGUCAGUGUACUCUUCAUUUGAAGGUAUCCUAUUGCCUAUCUUUCACUAACGUUUUUAGCUCACCUGUCACAUAGCGACAAGGUGAGCUUUUGUGAUCACCCUUCGUCCGUCGUCUGUGCGUCCGUGCGUGUGUUAACAAUCUCUUGUCUGCACGAUAGUGGUUUCAUUUAUGAUUUUAUUAUGUCUCCCCCAGGAGACAUAUUGUUUUUGCCCUGUCCGUCCGUCCGUCCGUCCUUCCGUCUGUCCGUCCGUACGUCACACUUCAUUUCCGAGCAAUAACUGGAGAACCAUUUGACCUAGAACCUUCAAACUUCAUAGGGUUGUAGGGGUGCUGGAGUAGACGACCCCUAUUGUUUUUGGGGUCACUCCGUCAAAGGUCAAGGUCACAGGGGCCUGAAAAUUGAAAACCAUUUCCGAUCAAUAACUAGAGAACCACUUGACCCAGAAUGUUGAAACUUCAUACGAUGAUUAGUCAUGAAGAGUAGAUGACCCCUAUUGAUUUUGGGGUCACUCCGUCAAAGGUCAAGGUCACAGGGGCCUAAACAUUGAAAACCAUUUCCGAUCAAUAACUAGAGAACCACUUGACC